UUUUUUCUCACUUCUUUCUCAGUGUUUGUGAACAGACAGUUGCCAUCAGUCCAGGAUUCACUGAGUCUCUCUAAACUUCCCCUUAAAAACUUGGCCUGAUCCUCGGAGCUGACACCACCCACACAAACUCACAGCAGUGUGCGGAAUUUUCCCACAGCCACUCGAGCGAAGAAAUCCUCUGGAAAAAAGAAGAGCCGAUUCAGCAUUGAUUCAACUUGAUAACCAGCACAGACCGAGUCUUUUUGGAUGCACAGCGUUUUUGGGGCAGGAUUACACUUGGGGAGUAUUUGGGGGGAACGAAAGUUUUUUUGUGCAGCAGCUGAAGGAGCAGAGCGGGUUUUUAUUCUAGUCUGUAGUCUGUCUGUCUGUGUGUGUGAGUGUGAGGUUGAGGACUCCGGGCUGGAGAGUGAGUAUGCGGGCUGGUCGCUGCGUGCCGCUCGUGCUGCUGCUCGUGGUGCUGGUGGUGGUGUGGAGCGCGGAGGGGCUGAACAAGGCGCUGAAGGUGAUUAAGGUGAGGAGAAGGACGUGGAGGACGCGGCCGUGCGCGGACCUGCCGGAGGAGCUGCUGGAGCAGAUGUUCGGGCGCUUAUCUGUAGGAGUCCUGAGCGCGUUCAGUCACACGCUGCAGCUCGUGCCCGGACCACAGAACCUCAGCUGCCCCGCGGGCACGCGCCUAGGUCCCAACGGAGCCUCGCGCGCCCCCGUCAACCUCCUCAGCCUGUCACCGUGGGCUUAUAGGAUCAGCCACGAUCCAGCCAGAUACCCACGCUUUCUCCCGGAGGCCUACUGUCUGUGUAGGGGUUGCCUGAUUGGUCCUAAAGGAGAGGAGAGUGAGCUGUACCGCAGCACACCAGUCUACAUCCCUACAGCAGUGCUGAGGAGAACUGGCUCCUGUGUGGGGGGACGUCACUCCUACGUUGAGAGCUAUGUGUCUGUGCCGGUAGGCUGCACCUGUGUUCCAGCAGUGCAGGACGCCCAGAGUCUCAGCAGUAAACAGAGCAAAGCUCAAAACCGGACAAACUGAGACGAUUGAACUGGUAAAGCUGCACACUUUAUACAACAGUAUGCUACAACUCAUGGAAUAGGCUUGGAUGUCCCAGUGUUUCCUUAAUUUAAAUACACCAGUGACUUCCCACUCCAGAUGUUUGGAACAUUUUACAUUUUUAAGAUUUAGCUUGUUCGCUUAUAGACAUUUUUAUGGUAAAUAUUUUAUUUACCCAUUUCAGAAAAUGGUGCAGUGCAUUAUUUACCACAAUGAUUCCUUUUUUA